AUGGACAUGUACACACAAGUGAAAGUGUUUGUCGAUGGCAUGCGUGAAGAGCAGACUCGCCUAUCGCUGGAACGCGCGGAGCCUGCCACGUUGGAGGAGGCUUUCGCUAUCGCCCUCCGUGAGGACUUCAGAGUCACCAAGGCUUAUACCAAGCCUUCAGUUGUUACCGCUGUCAAAUCAGCGGGUCCGGCUCCUAUGGAGAUUUAUGCAAUCGAUUCGUCGGGUGACCGACGACGCGCUACGUUCUACAAGGGUGACGUCCGUAGCGGACGUCAGAUGAUCUGCUUUCGAUGCCAAAAGCCAGGUGACCGCGCGGCUGAAUGCCGCGCGCCAGCACCGAUGUCGGUACACGCGACGGACACCUAUCAUGAGGGAGGUGCUCUAAUAACUCGUCCAAAAACGGAAGAGACCAGUAGGUGCAGGGCUCCCUACCGAUUUAAAGGAAGGUCCGUGUCCACCGGUGGAAGCCCGACCUCCCAAUCCAUCUGUGCUGCGUGCACGGUCAAAUGCCACCACUGCGAGUGGUGA